CGUGGGGCCACCAUUCCCAUCCCCAUCCCUCUCUCUGCGCUGGACUACCUCUGGGGCCAUCAUUCCCAUCUCUGUCCCUACGCUUAACUCCCUGCCAGGCCAGCUUGGGGCCACCAUCCCCAUCCCUGCCUUUAACUCCCUGUGGGGCCACCUUUCCUGUCCCCGUCCCUCUCCCUGUACUUAACUCUCUCUGGGGCCAUCACUCCCAUCCCUCUCCCCAUCCUUAACUCCCUUUAGGGCCACCAUUCCUGUCCCCAUCCCUGCCUUUAACUCCCUGUACGGCCACCAUCCCCACCCUUAACUCUCUCUGGGACCACCACUCCCAUCCUUCUCCCUCCUUUAACUCCCUGUGCUGCCACCAUUACAGUCCCCAUCCUUCUCCCUGCCUUUAACUCCUUGUGGAGCCACCAUCCCCGUCCCUCUCCCUGCAUUUGACUCCCUCUGGGGCCACUAUCUCCAUCCUUCUCCCUGCCCUUCACUCCCUGUGGAGCUGCCGUUCCCGUCCCCCUCCGUGUCCCCACGAUGCUGCUGCUCCUGCUGCUCUGCGGAGCCCUGGGCUGUGGGGCAGAGCGGGCAGUCCUGGGCACCUUCACCAUGCUGCAACAGACCCGUGUCUCCGAAGGCAGCUGCGACUUCUGGGGGAACGCUAGCCUGGACGGGAGGCUCAGCCACCUCCUGGAGGGGCUCAACGUCACCCAGGUGCUGCCGCUGGAGCCCCCGGACGCCUGGGCCAGGCGGCAGCAGGAUGUGACCACCUACCUGCUCUACUUUGGCCGGUUGGUGAAGCUCUUCAAUAAGGAGAGGCCCAUCAACUACACCCAGAGCCUGCGCUGCAGCCUGGGAUGCCGCCUCUUCCGCGACGGCACAGCCCACAGCUUCUACGAGGUGACCCUCAAUGGGACGUCCUUCCUCAGCUUCCACGUGCCCAACGCCACCUGGGAGCGGCGCUGGCCCGGGCGGCACGCGGUGGCCGCCUUUGCCGAGAAGGAGCUGAUGAAGUACCCCAUGACCACCGAAGGCCUCCAGCAUUUCCUCAACACCACCUGCGUGGGGAUCCUGCGGGCUCAGAGCGCCCAGACGGGACAACAGAGCAGCCGGUCGCACGCGCCGCUGGUGCUGGGCCUGAUCCUGGGGACCUUCGCCUUGCUGGGCAUGGCCGUGGGGAUCUUCCUGUGCACAGGAGGGAGCUGCUAGCAGAGGCAGAAGCUGUCCCACAUCACCCCAUGAAGGCAGGGGAUGGACCCAUCAUCAUCCUGUGGAGGCGGAGAAUGAUGGACCCAUCAUCAUCCUGUGGAGGCGGAGAAUGAUGGACCCAUCAUCACCCUGUGGAGGCAGAGAAUGAUGGACCCAUCACCAUCCUGUGGAGGCAGGGAAUGGACCCAUUGUCCUCCGAUGCUCCCCUUUCCUCUCAGCGGCGCCGAUGUGGGGCACUGUCAGCCCCUGCAUUGGAUCGAGUCUGUGAGGCCUCUGGAGAGAGCCUGACGGGGUCUGGUGUCCUGAGCUUCCCUCAGUGCGCCCACAGCUUCACUUGGACUCCAUGAAGCCGUUUCCCAAAAGCUGAGUGGCGAUGCUUCGUUUAUUUUUCAUUUCCACCUCUUUGCGUGAGCCACCGAGGCUGAGUGCAGACAGUGGUGACGGGACAGCGUUCCUGAGCAGUUCAUAGGAUCAUGGAGUAUUUUGGCUCGGAAGGCACCUCAAAGCCCAUCCAGUGCCACCCCUGCCAUGGGCAGGGACCCCUCCCACUGGAUCAGGGGCUCCAAGCCCCAUCCAACCUGGCCUGGAACCCCUCCAGGGAUGGGGCAGCCACCGCUGCUCUGGGCACCCUGGGCCAGGGCCUCCCCACCCUCACAGCAAAACAUUUCUGCCUAAGAUAUCAUCUCCAUUUCCCCUCUUUCAGAUCAAAACCAUUCCUCUGGUCCCUUCGCUGCCCUCCCUGAUCCAGAGCCCCUCCCCAGCUUUCCUGGAGCCCCUUUCAGCACUGGAAGCUGCUCUAAGGUCUCUCCACAGCCUUCUCCAGGCUGAACAACCCCAACUCUCUCAGCCUGUGCUCAUAGCAGAGCUGCUCCAGCCCUCGGAUCAUCUCCAUGGCCUCCUCUGGACUCACUCCAACAGUUCCAUGUCCUCCCUGUGCUGAGGACUCCAGAACUGGACUCAGGGCUCCAGGUGGGUCUCUCAGAGCGGAGCAGAGGGGCAGAAUCCCCUCCCUCCCUGCUGGUCCCACAGCUCUGGAUGCAGCCCAGGACAUGGGUGGUUUCUGGGCUGUGAGCGCAUGUUGCCGGCUCACACUGAGCUUCUCCUCCUCAGCAGCCCGAGUCCUCUCCGCAGGAGACAGAUGACCACGUUCACUGCUCUCCCAUUGGGACGUGCAUCCCAGGGAUGUUUGGGGAUGCUGGGAUUGGGGCAGGGCCGGUGCAGGUGAUGUGUUGGGGACCCCAAGGUGAGAAAACCCUCCUUAAGGGGUGGCCAAAGAAAGGCAGAGCUGUCUCACUGCCUCUGUACAACAGCACCCACGGCUUUAUUCUCCUUCUCUGCAACCCAGAUCUGAGCUUAAAGCUGCUCUUUGACAGUUUGAACUUUGGAUCCAUAAUAAAUUCCUGGCUCCAUCUCCCUUUCACCCACAGUGCGAUUUUGAGCGUGACCCCUUCUCGUGCUCCUUGCCGAGGG